AAAAUCUACGCGAAAAUGCUGCUUAGGCAACCGGCAAACCUUUAUAAGUCCAUUAUUGGAGCCCGCCGCAACCUCAGCACGGGUCUGCCCUCUGCCCAAUCAUUUAGGAAAUGGUAUCAACAACUGUGGACAACGGAGCGUACCAAUCUGCCGCCCUACAACCACUUUACACAAAUCGGGGAUCCUGUGCUCCGGCAACAGGCGGCUGCCGUGCCUCUGGAGCUCAUCGAGGGUCCCGAAAUCGAAGCCAUUGUUGAGCAAAUGGUCAAGGUACUCCGGAAGUACAACUGUGUAGGUAUAGCCGCGCCACAGAUUGGCGUUUCCCUCAGAAUCAUCGCCAUGGAGUUCAAGAAGAGCCUGCAGAAGGAGAUGCCAGAGGCCGUAUACCAGGCGCGUCAGAUGUCGGAGCUACCACUGACCGUCAUGAUCAAUCCCGUGCUGACGGUGACAAAUUACUCGAAACUGAAACAUCCCGAGGGCUGUAUGAGUGUCCGUGGCUUUUCCGCGGAAGUGGAACGCUUCGAGGGAGUGAAACUUAGCGGCCUGGACAAGAGUAGCAAGCAAAAUGAUCUCAUAUUGAGUGGCUGGAACGCACGUAUUGCCCAGCACGAGAUGGAUCACUUAGACGGCAAGCUGUACACGGAUCAAAUGGAUCGUUCGACCUUCUCUUGCACCUGCUGGGAGGCUGUGAAUACCAAGUCCGGACGCGUGGAGAUACCAUUUUACAAAUAAUUUAUGGUAUUGUUUUUUAAUUAACUAAAAUAUUGAACCAGUUUUAAAGGAAA